CUUCAGAUCUUUAGAUGCAAUAAUUUUUAGUAUCCUUUUCCGUGUCCUCCCCCACCAUACCUAAAGGGUUACCUCGCUCCAGUAUCCCCCCCUCUCCUUUCCCAGUAUGUUAUGUAUCAGAGCUCGGUGAUGGUUUUGGUCCUCGUGUUCCGUCCAUCUUUUAUAACACGAUCCAGUCCGCUCCUGUGCGCUCCUCGGACUGGGAUAUUUCGCGAGCACCGCUUGCGCAAUUCUCUCGACCAAUUAUCCAUAUUUUUAUAAGCAAGCAUAUUGAUUAUGAAGUGCUUUUAUUUUUGUUACACUGUUAUGCGGAAUUAAAAAUACUGUCAACUUAUCGAAAGUAUACCUAUUGUGAUUUAUCGACUGCAUAUAUAAAAUUUUCCAAUCUUUCAAAGUACCUCGGAUACCACAAAAUACUUUUAUAUGCUCAACUUGUCAACUUCAUACACCAAUAUCGUACACAUGCCAAAAAAUAUUAAAUAUUUAUCGAAAAGACAAAAUCAGACUAUUUAUCAAGAUAUAUAUAAUUAUGUAGAUUGUAAUUCAUUGCGUUCCAGUAUGGAGAAAGUGGAAAAAUUAUCGGUACAAUGUGAAAAUGAGGGAAGUACUCCGCAUUCUCAAGAAAACAUGGCGAUAUUCAACGAGAUUUCCAAUUGCAACCAACUAAACUUACAGGAAGACUUACAGAAAUUAAUCAUUGAACAUAAUAUCUCUCGUAUUACUACUAAUGAGCUACUUAAAAUAUUAAGGAAACAUGGUUACAAUGAAUUACCUAAUGAGAUGGAUAUCACAAAAUACUCUUCUUUUCUCGAAUCUGCGAGGAAAAGUGCAGAUGCCAACUAUUACACCACGAACGAAGAUAGAUUAAAUUGUGGGAAGAGGCAACGUAGUUUAAACACUCGAUACAGCAGCGAGGAAGAAGAAAUUGAUCCAUCUCGAUCAGCUAAGAGGAAAGCAGUGAAUGCGAGUACAUUGGCUAAUAAUGAUAAAGACAUAAAUGAGAAUGAUGCAAAGAACGAAAUUGCACCUUCGCAAUCUUAUUGUCAAAAAAGGAAUAAUUAUUCCAAACAACAGCAGGAUAUACAAUUUAUUGAGAUUCCCGACAUUCCUGUAUAUGAAGACCUCGCUUCAUCAUCUGAUGAGAUGCAAGUGGACGCAAACAUAAAAAAGUAUCUGAAGCAAAUAAUACGUACGCAGGAUACUUCUAAUUUAAUAUUGCAUGACCUUAAUCAACGCAUAAGCAGAAUCGAAGAUAUUAUGAGAGGCCACGCUCCUAUUUCAAUAAAGGACAACAGUCGAAUAAAGGAAGAUAUUAUGAGAAACUUCGUUCACGUUUCAAUAAAGAAUGAUAAUCCCAUGAAUCCCAUCACAGAAAUUCUACCUUUACAGACGGUGGAAAGCAUAAGGGACGAUAGUCUCAUCGUAGAAACUCUACCUUUACAGACAGUGGAACAGAUAAGAGAUUUCGACUUGUUAUUGCAAGAAAAUGAUGAGGCGGUUACACAAUUUAAAGCAUUUUUGUUAAAGAUUGGAGGGAGUAAUCCUCGUCGUAACGUUUGUCGCAUCCUUUCCAAAAUAUUUACAAAUAACUGCGCAAUGAAAUGUUCUUGGAAAGGCAUCCGCAAUAAUUUUAAAGUCUCCAACUUAUAUUUUAUUAGAAUUAUGAAAAGAGAAGUCACUCUGCAUUAUUCCUUAACGGAGGCUGAAUUCGACAACAUAGUAGCAGAAUGGCUACGCUUCGCAAAACAAAGAAAACAGAGGGAGGAAAAAGGAAAAGAUCCUGGACAUGAACAUCCCGAGGGAAUUAAUGACGAGGAAAAUAAUUUAUUAAAAGUGUCUACUGCUUAGAAGAAUGGAAAUUCUUAGACAAUUUUUUAUCUAGAAAAUUUUAGGGUGAAGUUGGCAUACGGAAAUUGCGUUCAAAGGAUGGACCAUCGUCGACUAUAAGCAGUAUAGUCAAUUUAUAUCUCCUCUCAAUGCAUGCGUGACUCUGGAGGAAUACGUGAUUUUAAAUCUUGAGUAUCAUUGUCCACGAUACAAAGCUAUGUGCAAUCCUUCUCUCAUGAAAAUUAGGGUAAACUGACACGAUUAUCCUGAACGCGACGUGGGUACAAAUCUGUCGAAAUCGGAGCUUGAGUAUUUAAACGAAAGUUGAUGUCUACUUUUCCAAAACUCACAAAAUUGUGAAAUGUAUGAAAGAUAACAGUUUUACAGAUUUUUAUAUUGAUUUUGGUGGCACAUCUGUGAGGUUUUACCUAUUGCGUGAUGAGAAAUUUUUCUGAAAAUGUUUAACGUUUAAUUUUCUCUC